GGAGGAUAACAGUUUUGUCAUAGUUCAAUACCUUGAUACAGCAAUGGCAAUGGCUGCUCAAAGGAGGUUCUUCUUCUUCCUCUUAUCACCUCUGCUGGUGUUGACAGUGGUACUGGCAAUCACCGUAGAUUACCAAGUAACCAACAACGCCGCCGGAACAACCGGAGGAACCAGAUUUUCCAACGAAAUUGGCAUCGAUUACAGCAAACAGACUCUGAUAUCGGCCACCCAAUUCAUCUGGCAAACCUUUGAGCAGACAACCGAUGCCGACAAGAAGAGCGUAGCGAGCGUUUCCAUGUUCGUGGAGACCAUGGAUGGAGUGGCCUACACUAGCAACAACGAGAUCCACGUCAGUGCCACCUACAUCGGUAGCUACUCCGGCGACGUGAAGACUGAGAUCACCGGCGUUCUGUACCAUGAAAUGACUCACGUGUGGCAGUGGAACGGUAACGGACAGGCUCCGACUGGUUUAAUCGAAGGGUUUGCAGACUAUGUGAGGUUGAAGGCCGGGUAUGCGCCUUCUCACUGGGUGAAACCGGGUGAUGGGGAUCGGUGGGACCAAGGCUACGACGUCACCGCCUACUUCCUUGACUACUGUAACAGUCUCAGUAAUGGAUUUGUGGCUGCUCUCAACAAAAAGAUGAGGACUGGUUAUAGUGACUCCUUCUUCCAAGACCUAUUGGGGAAGACGGUGGACCAACUCUGGACUGAUUACAAGGCUAAGUACGGGAAAUAAGAGGAGAGGAACACUAUUAUUAUUAUUAUUAUUAUAUUUUUCUAAGUGAAUAAGACUUUCGUGAGAUUUGUAUUAUCAGAUCUAUCAUACAGUUUUAUAAUAAAAUAAGUGAUAAUAUCUUUCAUAGAUCUUUCAUGGGGUUUAUACUGAUUGAAUAAGUCACAAGAAGAUUUACUAAUUAUUUGAAAUCGCGGAUCCAAUCAGCUUGGACAAUAGCCAUCCUAUCAUUUGUAAACUUCUUUUUCAAAUUGUCG